AUGUCUCGCUCUGCGAAGCUGUAUGUGCAGUGUAAUCCGUUGCUUGAUGUUUCGGCAGUGGUGCCAGAAGAAUUCAUGGUGAAGUAUGGGGUGGAGCACGGUUCUGCCUCGCUUUUGGCGGAGGAACAAGCUGAAAUUUUUGCGGAUCUUGAAAAACUGCCAGCAGUAAAGCAUGUACCUGGCGGAUCCGGACUGAAUACCGCUCGAGUAACACAGUGGAUGCUGCAGGCCCCGAAAGGGUCUUUAGUCUCGUAUGUGGGUUGUAUUGCAAAUGAUCGCUACGGCAAUAUUCUCAAGGAGUCUGCGGAAAAGGACGGUGUUAACAUGGUGGUUGAGUAUACGACAAAACAACCAACCGGCAGCUGUGCAGUCUGCAUUACAGGGAAGGAGCGUUCACUUGUGGCAAACCUUGCUGCCGCAAACUGUCUUUCUGCCGAUCACGUUUAUUCUCCUGCGGUAGAGAAAUGCCGUGCGGAGGCCAGCUUCUUCUACUUGACAGGUUUUACCCUCACCAUUGAUGUGGCCUAUGUUCUGCACGUGGCAAAGCAGGCGCGUGAAGUGGGCGGAAUAUUUAUGAUGAAUUUUUCGGCCCCGUUUCUUAUCGAGUUCUUCGGGGAGCAGCUCAACCAGGUGUUGCCUUAUGUGGACGUCUUAUUUGGCAACGAGUUGGAGGCGAGGACGCUCUCCAUUGUCAAGGGGUGGGGCAUAGAGGAUGUGGAAGAGAUCGCGAAACGAGCGGCGCAGGAGCUCCCGUACACUGGGACGAAGGGUCGUCUUGUUGUCUUUACACAUGGACCGAACCCCACUGUCUGUGUCACGAAGGAUGGUGUGACCGUGGUGCCUGUGGAACCCCUCGCUGAAGACAAAAUGGUCGACUUCAACGCUGCUGGAGACGCCUUUGUGGGUGGGUUCUUGUCUGGCUACGUUCUUGGGAGGGACCUGAGACGCUGCUGCAUUCUUGGCCACUACGCGGCAGGGGUGGUGAUUCAGCACGACGGCUGCACGUAUCCCGAGAAGCCAAGCCUUACUCCAUGA